CGUGGUGGGGGGAGGAUACACCGCGCCGCUGCUCUUCAACCCUCAGAGAGCCGCUCCAUCCGGGCUCACAGAGCUUAAUUUGGCAGAGCUAUCACGGGGAAACAGCGACAGCUGUCAAGGGGGGAGGGAGGUGCUGUCUGUGUGCGUCUGUCGAGUGCCUUCCCCCCGUCGGUGAUUGUGAUAUUUCAACUUCCACAAAUCGAUUUUUUUUAUGCGUUGUGAGUGAAAAUGAAGUGUUUUGGUGACUAGGUGUAGCUAGGUGCUUCCCUAGGUGCCUAGCUAGGUGCCAUGAGGCCUGCGGUGUUGUGUGUGCUACUGGCCAUAGGAAUAACCUACCCUUCAAGCACGUCCAGCUACGGUUCGUUCCGGUCCCCGCGGAUCACGGAACACCCUACUGACAUUACCGUACCCAGGAGUGAACCUGCGACUCUAAACUGCAAAGCCGAGGGCAAGCCGCCACCUACCAUACGCUGGUUCAAGGAUGGUCACCUGGUUAGAACUUCACCUGGUGACCCCAAGUCACAGCGGGUACUACUGCCCACGGGGUCACUGUUCUUCCUGCGUGUGGUACACGGCAAGAAGGAAGAUGAUGCCGGGGUGUACUGGUGCCAGGCCAGUAACGAGGUUGGCACCGUUACUUCCAACAACGCAACGCUCGAGAUAGCAGUGUUACGUGAGGAGUUCCGUGCUGUACCGUCAGACACUGUGGUGGCAGCGGGAGAGUCAGCGCUGUUGGAGUGCGUUCCACCCAGAGGUCACCCUGAACCCUUGGUCAGGUGGAGGAGGAAUGGCCAGGUCAUUAAGGUACCUGAGUCACAUAGACACGAGGUAGUUGACGAGGUGCGGGUAAUCGAAGUGCGCAAAACGACGGUGGCCAGUUACCUGGGGGCCUGGAACCGGGCAGGUUCUAAACAACAAAACCCUGUCAAUCUUUACGUUCAUAUCAAACCAAGUUUCCUACGAGGUCCGAAGGAUACAGUGACACUCACUGAGCGUAAGGUCGAGUUUGAGUGCCAGGUGAGCGGUGACCCUGGCCCUCAAGUGUCCUGGAGGAGGCUCAGGGGUCCACUACCUGAGGAACGAACCGAGAUCCUGGACGACCACACUCUCAGGAUCGGACGUGUCACCCCAGGGGAUGAGGAUACAUAUGUCUGCGAGGCCGUGAAUGUCGUUGGUACGGCCAGGACCAACGCUACUCUCACUGUCUACACUGCUCCUGAAUUCCUGGUACGACCCCAGGAUGUGAAGGCUUCUGCAGGGUCGUCAGCGGCUUUCGAGUGCCUGGCUGUGGGUCGUCCUCCGCCCCUGGUGGUUUGGAGUCGUCAGGACGACCACGACCUACUACUACCCCGCCAGGAUACCCCGUCUGGGCAGCCAGGAGACAUGCCCAACGUGUGGGUGAACGCUGAGGGCACGCUAAUUAUCAACCAGGUACGGCGGGAGCUAGCAGGAUGGUACUCCUGUGCUGCAGUGUCUGCCGCUGGGUCACUGGUCGCCAGGGCACUGCUUGACGUGCCAGCGCCCACCCUCCACCCACCACCUAUCAUUUCCGUGGCACCACGCAACCUGACGGUCACCCCUGGCGCCUUGGCACUCCUGGUCUGCCAAGCUGAGGGUGACCCUGUGCCUAGAGUCACCUGGACCAAGGAUGACCACCACCUGCCAGAACAUGAUACAAGGAUCACUCUGCUACCCUCGGGCACUUUACAACUUAACAGUAAGUACAGUCAUCACUCGCAAAAUUGCAAAAAUAAACACGGUAUGGGCGGGGAUGGAACUCGCGGCGAGUGGUUCGUAAAACUUCAGACUGACGCGUUAUCUGGGCCCCCACCUCCAGCCUUGAGGGCCCGUAACUCCACUACCCUUACUCUGGCUUGGGGGCCCCCUGACCAUGAAGGGGCCUCGCCUAUCACCAGCUACAUCCUGGAGAUGUGGAGUGGUCCUGGACCCUGGAGAGCACUAGAGGAGCACAUCCCUGCUGAGACCUACACUGUAACUGGUCUCAAGACCAACACCCAGUACCGUGCUGUCGUCAGAGCCAUGAAUAUGCAUGGAGUGUCAGCAGCGUCAGCCGUGUCUGGUCCUUUGGUGACGGGUGGCAGGCGGGCGGGAGAGGGCGGCACCGCCCACGAUGAUGAUGACCCACAGGUACGAGCAGUGCUGAGCCACCCACUGGUCACCCUGCUGCCGCCCACGCCCGUCUCCUCUACCGCUAUAAGGCUCACCUGGAAGGUACAGGAGUUCGCGGAUUACAUGGACGGCUUCUACAUCCGGUACCGGGACCUCACUUCCGGCACCCACCACUUCCGCAUGGAGACGGUGGUCCGAGUCGGCACCGGGACAGAUGCCUACACCCUCACCGACCUGGAGAAGUACACACAGUACGAAUUCUUCAUCGUACCGUACCAUAAAAACAUCCACGGUCACCCGUCCAACUCCAGGAUCGCUACUACCAAGGAAGAUGUACCGUCAGCGCCACCGUCAGGAGUGGAGUCCCUGGUACUUAACAGAACGAGUGUGGUACUGUCCUGGCUACCACCAGCCAGAGCCCAUACCAACGGCCGGAUCAUCCGCUACUCUAUCCGGCUCUUCAGUAACAAGACGCAGCCUCAUUCCAACCUCACGGUGGAAGGGAACCUCCACAGCCUCACCCUUCACAACCUCACCUACGGUGUACUGUUUACCGCUACGGUGGCUGCCCACACUAAAGCUGGUGAGGGACCCUCUAGCGGGGGCCACACGUGGCUUCAGGACCCCUUGGCCACUGUGGGCUCUGACGAGGCCCGCAGGGUGCCAUCCCCACUGAUGGCAGUGUUGAGGGAGACGUGGUUCAUCGGUGCUGUGGGUGCCGCUGGCUUCGUGGCACUCUCGGUCUUCGUGGCAGUGGUCUGCUACCGUCGCAAGAGGAACGAGAAGAGAGCCAUGGGAGGGUACAAGAUGGAGGGCCGCACCAUGAAUGGCACCAUGUGUGGAGGACUGUGGAUCGAGAGGGGACCCUGGGGUGCUUCCUCAGGCACUGGUGAGGACAAGCACGCUGGCACUCCUGAGAAACUUCUCAACCUGAGUGCCACUCCCGGCGAUUACGCUGAGAUAGAGGGCACUGUGGCACCCCUCAUGCCUCCAGUGCCACAGCCUCCAGGCACUCCCCUAGCAUAUGCCACCACUAAUAUCAUCUCUGGCAGGAAUGUAAGUAGUACCUUGGCACCCUUAUCUAGGACUCCUAGGAAUCCUAGGACACCUAGUACCCCUACUGUGUAACCUAGUAUCCCUUUU